AACCGCGCCAGCCAAGCCGCGUCGCCAUGGCGGGGUCUGCGGUGCUACAGUCUGCCACCAUUGACAGAGUAACCUUGAGGAGUUCGUUCAUUGGCGAGGCCCAAUCACUGCGUGCCACGUCAGCGGCAGCCUCCUCCCAGACCCUCAACCAGCAAGGCCUGCUAGCCGGCCGCAUUGUCUGCAAGGAGUCACGAAUCGGCCGGAAACCCAUCCCCGUGCCGGCCGGCGUGACGUUCAAACUUGACGGCCAGUCGUUAGUGGUGAAGGGCCCUAACGGCGAGCUGUCAAGGGAGUACCCGCGGGAGGUGCGGCUGAGCGAGGAGGGUGGCGUCAUCACCGUCAACCGCGCGCUCGAGACGCGACAGGCUCGCGCCAUGCACGGACUCUUCCGCACGCUGACGGACAACAUGGUGCAGGGCGUGGCGAAGGGGUUUGAGAAGAAGCUGCAGCUGGUGGGAGUGGGGUACCGUGCGGCCGUUGACAAGACGGAGCUUGUUCUCAACCUUGGUCUCUCGCACCAGGUGCGCAUGAAGGUCCCCGACGGAGUGAGUGUGAAGGUGGAGGAGAACACGCGCAUCACCAUCAGCGGGCGGGACAAGGUGGCAGUGGGUGACUUCUCAGCGGCGGUGCGCAAGUGGAGGGAGCCGGAGCCGUACAAGGGCAAGGGAAUCAAGUAUGCGGACGAGGUCAUUCGGCGCAAGGAGGGCAAGGUUGGCAAGAAGAAGCGUCGCUGCAUCUGCGGGAAAGAGACAGUGAUGGGGAGCUCCAAGGCGAACAAGGAGAGGCGAGAUGACUUUGGGUCGUUGAAAGGCAUGAGUGCUGACGAGACCUGCGGCGCCAAUGACUCCCCAGGAAGCAGCGAGAGGAAUGAUGACGAGAUGAAGACGUCGGAAGCGCAGUCCUGUGAGUCCGUGGCAGAGGCGUUCAAAGGAGUGCUUGAAGGUAUGGGCCGGUGGGGGGAGGAGGCGAAUAAAGCUUUGGCAGGCAGUGUAGAGGCGAUGCAGAGAUGGUGGGAGGGGGCGGAUGAGGCGGUGAAGGCAUGGAGAGAGGAUGUGGGCAAGGCUGUGAAGGCGUGGGAGGAGAGUUCUGGGAAGGCGUGGGGGGAGAGUUCUGGGAAGGCGGUACAGGAGCAUAUGGAAGGGAUGAGUAAGUGGGGGGAGAGGAAUGCGGAGGCCGUCGAAGGGAUGGGGGAGGGAUUGAACCGAUGGGGAGAAGGUAAGGCAGAAGAGGUUAAAGCGAGUAUGGAAGGAGUGGGGGAAUGGGGAGGGAGAGUGGCAGAGGGAAUGGGGAAGGGGAUGGAUAAGUUUGGUAAGGAUGCUAAUGAGACUGUUGAAGGGAUGGGGGAGUGGGGAGGGAGAGUGGCCAAGGGGAUGGGAGAAGGAAUGGAUAGGUUUGGGAAAGACGCCUGUGAGGCGGUUGAAGGGAGUGUUGAAGAAAUGAAAAGGUGGGGCGAAGGUAUCAGCAAAGCUGUUCAAGGGGGCUAA